CUUUGCACUGCUUUCACUCGAGCCAAGCAAGUUAGCCAAAUAGCUCUUUAUUUCAACUGAUAAUCCACCGCAGCACAUUUUGCGUUUUAAAAGCGGUUAAGUAACUUUACGACGCUCCCUAAUUACCGCUUACGAAACGACCCUUAGCCUCUGCGUCGCUGCUCCACAGUAGCAUGCUGCAGGUCGUUACAGGAAGAUUGUCCACACUCCGACACGGUCCUUUCGUUACAGACGUGCUAAAACAGCUGCCGAGGUUUGUGGCUCGUAGAAACAUGUCGUCGUCUGCGGCUAAAAGGCCCGUCUCCUUGCUGGGAACCAUGGCGUUUGGAGGCCGAGCUGACGCCGAGCAGAGCCUGCAGAUGGUGAAGGCUUUCCUGGGCAGAGGGCACAACCUGCUGGACACAGCCUUCAUGUACGCGGAUGGGAAGGCGGAGACCGUCAUGGGAGGCAUGAAACUUGCUAAAACAGUAAGCAUCGCCACCAAAGCCAACCCGUGGGAUGGGAAGACCCUGAAGCCAGAAAGUGUGCGCUCCCAGCUGGAAACCUCCCUCCAGAGGCUGCAGACCGACUCUGUGGACCUGUUCUACCUCCACGCCCCGGACCACGAAAACCCAAUCCAAGAUACUCUGAGGACCUGCAAUGAACUCCACAAAGAGGGAAAAUUCAAGGAGUUUGGCCUGUCCAACUAUGCAUCAUGGGAAGUGGCGGAAAUCGUUUGCAUCUGCAGACAAAACAAUUGGAUAGUUCCCACUGUCUAUCAAGGAAUGUACAAUGCCACCACAAGACAGGUGGAAAAAGAAUUGCUGCCAUGUCUGAGAUAUUUUGGAAUGAGAUUCUAUGCAUAUAAUCCUCUUGCAGGUGGCCUUCUGACAGGAAAGUAUCAUUACGAAGACAAAGAGGGUUCUCAGCCUGCAGGACGGUUCUUCGGUAACAGCUGGGCUGCAGCAUACAGGGACAGAUACUGGAAGCAAAGUCAUUUUGAGGCUAUAGAGGUGGUCCUGAAGGCCCUGGAGACAGCGUACGGCUCCGAGAAACCCUCCCUGACUUCUGCUGCUAUGCGCUGGAUGUACCACCACUCCCAACUUAAGGGUGAUCUAGGAGAUGGAGUCAUCAUCGGCAUGUCAAGCAUGGAGCAACUUCAGCAAAACCUGGCAGCUGCAGAAGAGGGUCCUCUGGAUCAAAGAGUGGUCGAUGCCUUCAGUGAAGCCUGGAACCUUGUAGCCCACGAGUGUCCAAACUACUUCAGAUGAGGACCUUCUCUUUGCUCGGGUGCCAAGAGCUCAGUCAAAGUGCAUUUUACAGAACAUAGAUCUGCUAAAGCCCUGUUUUGCUAAAUACCUCCUUCAAUUAUUUUCUUGAAAUCACAUUUCAAAUGAAUCAUUUUCUUAUGAAUGACUGAAGACUUUUAUGUGUUGACAUGUAAGAGCACUUCAUUGUUCAUGUACAAAUGUAAAAAUGACAAUUUCAUAUAUUUUCUGGGGAUAAACUUUUCAGAAGUC